AUGGCGGAUCGCGUGCGCGAGGUGAUGGAGUCGAUGGUGCCGGAGCUGGAGGACGUGCAGCGCCGCGGCCUGUGCUCCGCCAGCGAGGUCAAGGCGCUCGUGCGGCGCCGCGAGCGCUUUGAGUACCUCGUGCACCGGCGAUCGCCCCUUGCUGCGCGGCCCCGCGCGACGCGCGACGACUUUCUGCGCUACCUGCAGCUCGAGAUGAACUUUGAGGCGCUGCUCAAGUGCAGGCGCCGGCGGCUCGGCAUGACCAGGCAGGGCCCGCCCGACUUUGCGAUCCGGCGCCGCAUCCACUUCAUUUUCAGCCGUGCGGCGCGGCGCUUCAAGGGGGACGAGCGGCUCUGGAUGCAGUGGAUCGACUUUGCCGAGCGGCGCAAGGCGGACAAGCGCCUCGAGCGCAUCUACGGUCGCGCGCUUGCUGUCCUGCCCCACUCGGCGCGCUCCAAUGCAAGCGCUGCGCGGCGGCUGCUGCAGCGGGCCCUGCGCGCCAACCGCGGCUCGCGCGAGCUGUGGCUGGCCUACUUUCGGUUUGAGCUCAUUUUUGCGGAGCGCGUGCAGCGCCGGAGGAGCGCGCUCGGCAUCGACGGCGGUGCGGGGGCGGCGGACGGCGACGACGUCGCGGCGGGGAGCAUGGCUGAUGGCGAGGAGGCUGGCGGCGAGGCUGGCGGCGAGGAUGACGGCAAGGACGGCGGCGGACUGGAAGUCGGUGACGAGGACGAGGACGAGGACGGAGGCGCCGCCGGCCUGGCUCUUGCGCCCAUGACGGACGUGGAGGGAGCGGAGGGCGGCGAGUUAGGAGGGGGUUCGGCGGCGACGAGCGCCGUCGCGCGCUACGUCUAUGAGAGCGCGGUGGCGGCGAUGCCCGAGGAUGUCGAGCUUCGGCUAGGCUGUUUGCGUGCGUGUGGCGAGGCACGCCUCCGCGACGCGUGCGUCGCUUGGGUCGAGGCGGUGACACAAAGGGAGGGAUUGCCGCCGGCCACCGUUGUGCGGAUGCGGAAGAAGGGGCUCCAGUUGUGCAAGGCGGCACACGCCGCCGGCGAGGCAUCGCCCUCCGUCUACCAGCGGUGGGCGGCGCUUCACUUCACGGCGGCUCUCUCCGCUGCGGACAUUUCUGGGCUUUUGCCGGACGCCUCCGAGCCAGAUGCGGCUCUGGCGUGGCGGCAGCUCGGAGGGAGCGAUGGAGCGCACGACGGCGCGCUGCAGCUCGCCCUGUCGGCUUGCGAGGCGGGCGCGAUCCGCCACCCGCAGGACGCAAGCCUCGCGUGCAUGAGGCUGCGCUUGCUGCUCGCGCGCUGCGGGGAGCGACCCACCCUUUCCGAUUUGGCACAUUUGCGCGACCCUUUCCGUGAAGUUGCGAGCGCGUUGCGAGGCACGCCUGGCGCAUUGUGCGUGUGGCGGGUGUGGAUCGAGGCGGCGAUUGCGGCCGCCGACUCGACCAGCCAGCCCCAGGCCCCCCGCCCUCCGGCCCUCCGGCCCCUUCUCCCGCCACUCCUCGUUUGGUUUGAGUACAUGGAAUGGAAGCAGAUCCGUCUCUCCUCGCACGCAGGUGCUGCUCGCAGAGUGGUUGUGUCUGAGCAUGGCCACGAUUCGGUGGAUUUGUGGCUGCACUACGCCAGGUGCCACCUCCGCCAGGGUGCCUUUGCCAAAGCCAGCGCGGUCCACGACCGGGCCCUCCGAGUACUCAAGGAACAGCUCCACUCCGACUUCGUCACGCGGUAUCAGGAGGCGUUGCGCGGCGACGCGGAGUGA